AAAAUGCGAGAAACAUUGAAGCAAAAUUUCAUGUCCACCGAUCUGCAAAUCAAACACUUAAGCUCCAGUCCAAUUGUGGCUUUUACGGCGACGACAGAUUCGAAUGGCGGCGUCGUGGACAACGAGAGUGGUGCGGCGAAUUCCUUGGGUGCGACGAGGAAGCAGAACCGCCGAAUAGAGAGGACGGAUUUGGGGCGCGAUUACGUGAGGGAGAACAGUCGGCAGACUUCGCCAGAGGGCGCCUUUAGCUGUGGCACGGGCAGCACAGACAAAUCCGGAAAAACGGAGCACCACCGCCCGAAACUAGUCAGCGCGAGACUCUCACGGCCUUCCGAAACCGUGCGCCACCCAGCCGGUGCGACAGCCUCAGGUUCAAAUGGCUCCGACAGCGACGCCAUAUUCACCGUCGAUCCAAGCUUCAGCGGCGACUCCAGCGACGAGGGCGGUGAUCCCAGCUGGAACAGCGCGAACGAUUUAAGCAAGGCACAAGGCAACGCCGUAUUCUGUUUGAAGGUCUCUUCUCCACGACCUUCUGAUGAUGUUCAGCGAUAUGGGCUUAGAGAGGUUGAUCUAGCCCAAGAUCAAGAUGACCCACUUCAACUUAAUGAGCCCAACGGUCCAAUUGGCCCAAAUCAGAUCAGUGAGUUCAGCAAAUUAUUUUGCCCAACGCUGAUUGCUGAAUCUAAUAAGCAAAAUGAUGCUGAUUUCUUUCACAAGCUGAACAAUCAAUUUGGCCCAAAUUUUAUGUAGAAAUCCAAGCCAGGCUUACCAAAAGGCUAUGGUUUGACUAAGUUUGAGGAAGGCGAUCAGCUUAUGGAUUCC